AACUGUAGUGGGUGCCUCUCUAGAAACAGACGCGUUCAUUAUAACGCUCGCAGCUCCUCCGCUGAUGCGUCAUUAUAAUAGCAGCCGCGAGUUUUUGUGAUGAAGUCGAGCGUCGUUCUCGCUCACGCAGCUCCGCACUUCACGUGAACGCGCGCGGACGAGCGAAGCUGCGCGGGGUUUAUCAGACCCAAAGUCUUGAUAAUAAACUUUACCAGUGAUCGGAUUAAACAUCAGACGCGAUGCAGCAGACGCCCGCGCCGCAGACGCACGCGGACACCGCGGAUCCAGCAGAUCAGUAUUUAAAGAGACGUCGUACAGCUCUGUGGUGUUCAGUUUCUCUGUUUGGACUCUCUGUUCUGGCUCUUGUGAUCGGACUGCUGUCCGCCACUCAGACUGAUAAUGUGGCCGUGUCUGGAUACUAUCCUGGCAUUAUACUGAGUUUUGGAGCGUUUCUGGGUGUCGUCGGUCUGAACCUGGUGGAGAAUCGCAGGCCGAUGUUGGUGGCGUCAAUAAUUUUCAUCAGUCUUGGCGUCAUAUCGUCUUUUCUCUGUGCGAUCAUCGAUGGCAUCAUUGCGGCCGAGUUCAUCGACAGGAGACCCCUCAUGGAGGGCCGUUGUGAGUUUUUCUCCAGUGUUUCGGGUUAUGGAUACGAGAACUAUUACACAGAGGUAAACUGUCAGUCGUAUGGUAAUCAUUGUAAACUCAAAGUGAGGAGCAACACCUGUUACUGCUGUGACUUACUCACCUGCGACAGUUCCGAUUAUCAAGUGCACUAUUAUGAGUUCAUGGGUGUGAGGAGCUGCUGGGAUGUGGUGUAUCUGUACCGGCUGCUGUGGGCGUGUGUGACACUCAACGUUCUAGGUGUGUUUCUGGGCAUAAUCACCGCAGCCAUCCUUGGAGCCUUCAAGGGCCUGACUCCUGCCGCUCACAGUCAAAUGUCAUCCAGUCCUCCUCCACCCCCUCACAUAAUGUAUAACCCCAACCAACACAUGAUCGCAUACAGCGGCUUCUGCCCCUCUGGACAAACUCUACCGGGAUACCCCAGUUACAGCCUGCCCAUGCAGCACAUGAAUAACUAUCCAGCACUGACCCCAGCUCAGCCGAACCCCGAGACCUCCACCGCAUCCUCAGACGAGCCUCAACCUUCCGCCCAGACCGGAAACCCAGCGGUACCGUCCCAAUCCACAUCUCAGGACACCGGCGGCUACAUGCUGACUCCAAACGCACCCACCCUCUACCCGCACUCUUUAGGGCCCUUCGAGAAGCCUCCACCCUACGCCUGUUAAAACCUCGGACUCACCUCUCUGAUAAUGAAUGUUGAGGGUUUGUGACCCUGCUGCCCUUUCAUUCCGACCGCUAAGAUUCUUCGUGUCUGUGAUUGUGUGAUCCAUCUGGUGGCAA